AUGGCGGAGUACUUAGCGUCUAUAUUUGGUACGGAAAAGGAUAAAGUAAACUGCUCGUUCUACUUCAAAAUCGGUGCAUGCCGCCACGGAGAGCAAUGUUCCAGACUUCAUAACAAACCGUCUUUCGGUCAGACUAUUUUGCUUCAAAAUCUGUAUAUAGCUCCUCAAAAUACAGCUCAGAGUGCCGAUGGGUCCCACAUCAACCUUACGGAAGUCCAAGCUCAACAAAUCUUCGACGAAUUUUUCGAGGAGGUUUUUGUUGAAUGUGAGGAGAAGUAUGGGGAAAUAGAGGAAAUGAAUGUGUGUGAUAAUCUUGGUGAUCAUCUAGUUGGAAACGUCUAUAUAAAAUUCAGGCGUGAAGAAGAUGCUGAAAAAGCUGUUCAGGAUUUAAAUGAGCGCUGGUUUGGUGGAAGACCAGUUCAUGCUGAGCUUUCUCCUGUCACAGAUUUCCGUGAGGCGUGUUGUCGUCAAUAUGAACUGGGUCAUCUAAUCUUCAGUCUUACAGGGAUGUCAAUUUGAUGUGGUUUCACGGUAUUAUAAGUUUGUCAUGAGUUCUUGUGGAAACUUGAACUAAUUUUUAUGUGUACAAUAUUUACGUUGCGUACGAUUGAUAUGAGUUCUUUCAUCAAUAAUGAUGUUCAAUGCAUGUUAUUCCAGUCGUGUAUAAUACCAGAAGUCGAUUUAACUGAUGGUUAUACCUAUGUUUUUCAUGUGGUUCAUAGGCUGUAGUCGUUUUUGACUUACUAUGCUUCUAUUGGACUCAACUUGAAAUGUUGGGUUUGGUUGCCCGUUUUAUGAGAUGGUAUGAUCUAUACUGUUUUCGUCUGGCUAGAAAUUGUUUAAGUCGUGUCUGAUCUACAAGGCUCUCGUUGCAUGUUAGCAGUAACUAACUGAUGGUCCCCAAAUGCCCUGGUACGGCCAAGAGUGGGGAGAAUCCGCACUCCCUCUCGUAUAUAGCCUCCACCAGCGAAGUCCUACUCAUUUCCUUCACGUGGCGGGGGUGUUGUUAACGAAAUUGAGAGCACUUAAAGCAAAUGUCCGACGCUUUAACCGAGUUGGUGGACACGGAAAGUUUACCUAGGGGAGUUGGUGAACCCUGAUUCCAAACCAAUGGUGUGCAUGCGCUCCAGUAUCCUGAGGGAACAAA